AUGAAGUACAUUCAUUCGGAGGAGUCCCUGGAGAUUCCGGAAGGAGUCAAGGUCCACAUCAAGUCCCGACUUGUCACCGUCGAGGGCCCCCGAGGAAAGCUCACCAAGGACCUCUCCCACAUCGCUGUUAACUUCUCGAAACCCAAGAAGAACGUCAUCAACAUCGAGAUUCACCACGGCGUCCGUAAGAAUGUCGCCGCUCUCCGAACCGUCCGCACCCUCAUCAACAACCUGAUUAUCGGUGUCACCAAGGGCUUCAAGUACAAGAUGCGAUACGUCUAUGCCCAUUUCCCCAUCAACGUCAACAUCGACAAGAACGGCGAGACUGGCAACUACGAGGUUGAGAUCCGAAACUUCAUCGGUGAGAAGAUCGUCCGAAGAGUCGUGAUGCAGCCCGGUGUCGAUGUCGAGGUCUCCAAGGCCCAGAAGGAUGAGCUGAUCGUGUCGGGCAACUCCCUGGAGGGUGUGUCCCAGAGCGCUGCGGACAUUCAGCAGAUCUGCAGAGUACGGAACAAGGAUAUCCGAAAGUUCUUGGAUGGUCUGUACGUCUCGGAGAAGGGCAACGUUGUUGAGGAGUGA